AACUUUUGGCUAUGCUUGUUACAACCUUCUUUUGUUCAUAUACUUCAGGAUUUUGAUCCAUAUGAAGAGAAUCCUGGGACUGCUCCUUUCAGUGAGCCUGAGGCUCAGCUAAUGCGGAAGCUCUCGAUGUCAUUUGACCCACACAUUUGGGUCAACGUACAUUCUGGAAUGGAGGCUCUGUUUAUGCCAUAUGAUCACAAAAACACAACGCCAACUGGACUGCAAUCACAGAAGAUGAAGUUGAUGCUUGAAACUUUAAACCACCUUCAUUGUGGUGACCGCUGUGCGGUUGGAUCGGGAGGCGGAUCUGUUGGGUUAGUAUCAUUUAUUUACUAUUAGGUGACUUCAAUUAUUGUUGUUUUUCUAUAUAUCUUUGUUAGAGGUGACAAAAUGCCGGGUUGGAUGGGUUGAUAACGGGUUAAAACAGGCUGGGGUCAGAAGUCAGAACAUGUUACCUAUAAUAUGUUUCAAAA